AUGAAUGAUACAAAUAGUUUAGAUCCUGAUUGUAAUGGUGAACGUUAUUGGUUUGCAUUUUUACUAUCAAGUUUAGUAACGUUUAUUCUUGGCAAUGAUAGACGAGAUAAUAUUCAAGCGUACGAUCCUAUCGAACGCAAUUGGGCUACAAUAAUUAAAGAACAAGCUAUCAAACUGAUAUCCGGACAACAAACACCAGGAAAAAUUUUGGUUACCACUGUGGUAGUAUUGAGUUUAGCAUCACUUGUAAUAUAUUUUUAUGAUGUUACAACUCAGCCCAUUGAAUCAUGUCAGAAUUGGAGUGAAAAUGUUACACAACAGAUCGAUUUAGCAUUUAAUUUUGUUGCUGCUCAAGAUAAAUUAAAAUUUUGGUGUUUGGAUAUUCACUCGUUUGUUGACUAUUUUACCAUACCUCCAUCUUUUACAGCAAUUGUUCUUGGUAGAAAUUGGAUCGGAAUGAGAUUUGUUCGUAUUGCUCGUAUUAUGAAUAUACCGGAAAUAUUGCAAUUUUUACAUAUAUUAAAAAGUAGCAAUUCAAUUCGUUUAUCUCGAAUGUUUUGUCUUGUACUUACUGUAUGGUUUAGUGCUGCAGGAUUUGUACAUUUAGUGAGUACUUCUAUUUAUUAUUAUAUUAAUUUGUGGAGCCGCUCUCGCUCUCCGUUUUAUCGUAUUUUAAAGGUCGAGAAUUCUGGUGAUUUUUUUCAAAAUUAUUCAAAUUCUCAAACAAUAUCCUAUUUUCAAUGUGUUUACUUUUUGAUUGUUACUUUGAGUGCAAUUCCAGAAUUGGCUGAAAUGUUUUCUAGUAAGAAAAAAUAUGGUGGCGAAUAUAGAUGUGAAUAUGGAAAAAAAUUUGUUGUUGUAUGUGGUCAUAUAACGUUUACAUCCGUUGAAAAUUUUCUCAAAGAUUUUUUACACGAAGAUCGUAUUAAUAGUGAUGAAUUUUAUGAUUCUGAUGUACUUAUUGCUGACAAAAAACGAACAGUAGAUUUUGAAUUUCAAGCUUUGUUAAAACGACAUUUUACUCGAGUAAAAUAUUUUGAUGCAACAGUAAUGGAUCCUGUUGAUCUUGAGCGAAUUAAGAUAAAACGAUCCGAAACAAUUUUAAUAUUGGCAAAUAAGGAUGCUAGUGAUCCGGAUGGAGAAGAUGCUAGUAAUAUAAUGAGAGUAAUUAGCAUUAAAAAUUAUCAUCCUGAUGCUAAAAUCAUAGUUCAAUUAUUGCAAUAUCAUAACAAAAUGCACUUAAUGAACAUAUCUUCAUGGAAUAAUAGCAUUGAUGAGGCAGUUUGUAUUGCAGAGUUAAAGUUGGGAUUGAUUGCUGAAAGUUGUUUGAAUCCUGGAUUUUCAACGAUGAUCGCUAACAUAUUUGCCAUGAGAUCGUACAAUGAGCAAACCGCUGUAGAGCGCCCCGAAUGGCUACAGCAAUAUCUUCGUGGUGCUUCACUUGAAAUGUAUACAGAAACAUUAUCCGAUUAUUUCGUUCAAGAUUUAAGAAAUUUUAGUGAAGCUGCAAAAUUUUGUUUUGUCGAAUUGAAUAUUUUAUUAUUUGCCAUUGAAGUAUGUGAAGAAAAUGGUACUCGACGUUUGGCUAUUAAUCCUGAUAGUACAUCAAAAUAUUAUCGAAUUGCUAAGAGAACACGUGGUUUUUUUCUUGCUGGUAGUUCAGAAGAAGCUUCUCGAGCCCGCUAUUAUUGUCAAUUUUGUCAUUGUAAUAAACCUCCAGAAAGUGUUCGAAAAUGUUUACACUAUCGAACAGAAUUAACAAGUUUUGCUGCAUUAAAGCCCAGACGUGAAAUAUCAACACAACGUUCUGAAAGUUUUGCAGGUCUUCCAUUAUCAAAUUUAUCUCUCGAAUUUUGUUUUGAUACAACAGGAAUGUUCUAUUGGUGUCCAACACAAGAAAUUGAACAACAGACAAUAAAUAUUCGAAUGAAAUGUGAAUUAUCGAAUCAUGUUAUUUGUUGUAUAUUUGCUGAGGAAAAUUCACCAGUAAUUGGUUUAAGAAAUUUUGUUAUGCCACUACGUGCAAGUAAUUUUGAAGAACAUGAAUUAAAACCCAUAGUUUUUGUUGGUAGUAGUGUAUUUUUAAAAAAAGAAUGGAGGCAUAUUUGUAAUUUUCCAAAACUUUACAUUGUGGAGGGUUCACCAAAUGAUCGAGCCACGCUGAGAGCAGUUAAUAUCCAAUUAUGUGAUAUGUGUGUUAUACUUUCGUCCCCUCAGCCACAACGGGAUUAUGAUAUGAAAUCAACGCAUGAUAGAUAUUUAACAGAUAAAUCGGCCAUUCUAUGUUCGUUAAAUAUAAAAGCAAUGAGUUUUGAAGAAAAUUUGUCUCUAAAGAAAAUAAAAGAGCCAAAUAUGAACGGAAAAGUACGUGAAAACGAUUCAAACGUGGUUUUUCUUGAUCAAGACGAUGAAGACGAUCCAAAUAUUGAACUGUAUAUGACUCAACCAUUUGCUUGCGGCACAUCAUUUGCCAUUAGCGUUUUAGAUUCACUAAUGAGUGCGACUUAUUUUAAUGAAAAUGCGUUGACUAUUUUACGAGCACUAAUUACGGGAGGAGCCACACCGGAGCUAGAAAGAAUAUUGGCUGAAGGUGCUGGAAUGACGCAGGGAACAAAUUCAAAAGAAGUUCUUAAUAAUAGACGUCGCCCAAGAGUUGUUCUUGUAUCAGCAUCUGAUAUCGUACAACAAGAAAAACGAAAAACUUCAAAUGCGACAAUUUUUAGCAAUACAUUUUGGACAGAAAACCCAACAUAUGGUGAAUUAUUUGUAAAUGUGUUACUACAAAAAGAUUGGUUAUGUCUUGGUUUAUAUCGAUAUCGUGACGAUAUUACAUCGGUUUCAGAGAGCAAUUAUACUCUAUCGCCAAAACGCUAUGUCAUAUGUAGUCCAGCGAAGAACUUUCCAUUGUUACAAUCUGAUCUGGUCUAUAUGAUACAACAGUUUUUGCCCAAGUGUGACACGGAUUCAUCACCUUUCGUCUCAACAAUAUCUCGUAGUGAAAGUGUAGAUUCAUCACAUCCUAAAGCAAGUUUCGCUUCAGGAUUACAACAUAUAAUUCAAACUCCAAUGAAUGUAUCAACCAAUAGCAAUAUACCAUCCGAUUCCAAAUCAUCUCCUAUAACCCAAGACAUUUUUAAGUUGAAUUCGGAAGCACAAGAACAACUAACAUCAUCUGUUGAUAAAGUUAAUCUUGUUAUUCAUGUACGACAAGCAACAGCGAACGAUGCGACUGAACUAUCAUCAAUUGCCGAAACAAUAUUUCGUGAAAUAUACUCUACUAGUGUUACUCAAGAAAACAUGACGAUUCAUUUAGCUAAAAAUUUUAGUCCUACAAUUCAAUUAGCUGAAAUAUUAAAUCCAAUGAUACGAACAUUAAUUGCGUAUGUCGAUGGAAUAACUGAGUCAAUUAUUGGUUUUAUACAAAUUCAAAAUAGUUCACCGCCAUCAUGUGUCAAAGAACUACUUUCUUCAGGCUCAAUUCCUCUAGAAAUCAUGCGUUUUAAUGUUAUUUCAAAUUAUCGUGGUAAAGGCGUUGCUCAAUAUCUUAUGCAUAAAUGUUUAACACAAGUUGAAUUUACCUCUCAAGCACUUUGGUUUAGUAUCUCUACCAAUGACAGUAAUAGGCGUGCUCUUAAAUUUUUUAAAAAAUAUGAUUUUAGAAUUGUAGGUAAUUGUCAAAUAAGAAUAGGUCGUGAAACAAAAGAAGAACUAAUUAUGUUUCGAACAAAUUAA